AUGACAAUGGAUAAAGCGUUUAGCGAGUUGAAGCUAGAGAAGAGCUCGAGCGCAACAGGCUCAGGCUCAGGCUCGGGCUCAAUCUCAAGCAGCCCAGGGAAUGUGAUUGUGAUUUCGAACCGUUUGCCCGUCACUAUCAAGAAGAACAGCAAGACCGGCGAGUACGAGUACUCGAUGUCGUCUGGUGGGUUGGUCACUGCGUUGCAGGGCUUGAAAAAGUCUACCACUUUCCAGUGGUACGGGUGGCCCGGAUUGGAAGUGCCAGACGAGGACAAGGUUAAGGUGAAGAGGGAGUUGUUGGAGCAAUUCAAUGCGAUUCCAAUCUUCUUGAGCGAUGAAGUGGCAGAUCUCCAUUACAAUGGGUUCUCGAACUCGAUUCUAUGGCCUUUGUUCCACUACCACCCUGGUGAGAUAAACUUUGACGAGACAGCGUGGUUGGCAUACAACGAGGCAAAUCAGGCAUUUGCCGAUGAAAUCGAGAAUAACAUCCACGACAACGACGUCGUCUGGGUGCACGACUACCACUUGAUGUUGUUGCCCGAGAUGAUUCGCCAAAGAAUCACAGCCAAGAAGCUGAAGAACGUGAAGAUUGGGUGGUUCUUGCACACGCCGUUCCCAUCGUCUGAAAUCUACAGAAUUCUCCCAGUGAGACAGGAGAUCUUGAGGGGUGUAUUGAGUUGUGAUUUGGUCGGAUUCCACACUUACGAUUACGCAAGACAUUUCUUGAGUGCCGUGCAGAGAAUCUUGAAUGUGAAUACGUUGCCCAACGGUGUAGAGUUCAACGGCCGUUUUGUUAACGUGGGUGCGUUCCCUAUCGGUAUCGACGUCGACACGUUCAAAGAGGGCUUGAAACAGGAAGCCGUCAUCCAGAGAGUCAAAGAGUUGAAGGAGUGCUUCAAGGGCUGCAAGAUUAUCGUCGGUGUCGAUCGUUUAGACUACAUCAAGGGUGUCCCACAGAAGCUACAUGCCAUGGAAGUUUUCCUCAGCGAACACCCAGAAUGGAUCGGAAAGGUCGUUUUGGUCCAGGUGGCAGUGCCAAGUCGUGGUGAUGUCGAGGAGUACCAGUACUUGAGGUCCGUCGUGAACGAAUUGGUCGGAAGGAUUAACGGUCAGUUUGGUACUGCGGAAUUCGUACCCAUCCACUUCAUGCACAAGUCCAUCCCAUUCCAAGAAUUGAUCUCCCUCUACUCCAUCAGUGACGUGUGUCUUGUGUCCUCGACCCGUGACGGUAUGAACUUGGUCUCUUACGAAUACAUCUCGUGCCAACAAGAAAAGAAGGGUACUCUAAUCCUAUCUGAGUUCACAGGUGCUGCCCAAUCUCUAAACGGUGCAUUGAUCGUGAACCCUUGGAACACAGAUGAAUUGGCAGAAUCCAUCAAUGAGGCUUUGACCAUCCCACAGGAAAAGAGAGCUGCAAACUGGGAAAAGCUAUACAAGUACAUAUCCAAGUACACCAGUGCAUACUGGGGUGAAAACUUCGUGCACGAAUUGUACAGAUUGGGAGCCUCUAACCAGUGA